AUGAAUUCUUAAUAUAUAUUUUUAGUUUGCAUAUCUAAAUUGCACCUUUACUAUUAUGACUUAUUUAGGAUCAAUAUAACAAACUAAUCUUUAGGUGAAAUGACAUAUUUGACUAGUAUUAAUCGUGAUUCUUAUUUAAAGACAAUAUUAUUAGACGAUGUAUUUUACAUUUAUUCUCCAUAACAGAUUACAAUUUAUUAUAUAAAUUUGAAUAUUUCUCAUGGUAUCCAAGCAUAAUGCAAUAUGACGAGCUUUCAGCCCUACGUUUAUCAGAAUUCUAAUUACUCUUUUUAUGCCAAUAUUUAUACAUGUAAAGAUGAAGGAAUAUUAUAUUAUCAAUUAGGAAACAGUUAUUAAGGUGAAUAAAUAUCGUUUAUUCUACCUCAACAUAUAUAGCUUAAAGAUUACAUACAUUUUGAAUCUUAAAUUGAAGGACUUUUAAUAGUUUCAUAACAUAAAAAUCAAAUUGCGAUAAUGUGCUUUACCAAUUAGCUUAGCAUUAUUAUCAGAUUAAAUUAUAUGGUUAAUGAAAGGAAUUUUUCCCUAUCUACUCUCGCAUUCAACCGAUUAUUAUAUUAUUCUCCUCCAUUAGUGCCUAACAAUUCAUUUUAAUUUAAGGAUGCAAUUAUCUCGAGUGAUUUAGUGUUUGUAAAUUAUUUGAAUGAGAAUAAUUAUUCUGCUAUUAAUAUUCUUUACAAUAUUUCUGGUUUAGAUUUAAUAGGAGGAUAUUUAGAAUAUCCAAUUUUACCUUCUGCGAAUAUAUCAAAUUUUUUUGCUUAUUACUAAAAUAUCUUAACAUUUAAUAGUUCCUAUGGAUUCAUAUAUACUAAGUUAUAGAAUUAUCUCAUUAGUAGCCUAAAAGUUGAAAUCCAUCUUUAAAAUUAAUAAACUUAAUGCAAAUUAACUGCUUUUAAUUUAGUGAAUAAUGUGACUGCUAAUUAUACUUUUAAUUUUGACUAAUAAAUAGUUUUUGGAUUUGAAUAUGCUUUUUUAGCAUUUUUUAUAAUAUUUUUCAUAUCAGCAUUAACUUUUUUAUGGUUUAAGACGAAAAAUCAGAAAGAAUAAUUUGGGUUAGAAGAAUUUGAAGAACUAGGGAUAGAUACAUAUUAAUGA